UUGAAAAACCACAAACGACUUGACGCUCCAUUUUCUUCGUGAUUUGCAAUUUAGCAAAAAUGCAAUCACUAGUCAAACUGAAGCUCCAACGAAUCGAUUACGUGCAGGUGUCCUCCUUGAAGAGCAAUUCCAUUCAGCUCCUACCAGCCAAAGGAGUCAAACAUCAGCAAAAGGUAGCUAUUGGGGACCAAAGAGGAAAAUUGCAACUGAUUUCCAUAAAAAAGGGAGAACCUUUCGUGGACUUCAAAAUAGACCUCAAAUCUCCUAUAAACUGUGUCACAAUUCUUGUCAAUAACAAUGAACCUGCAUUAGAGAUGAUUGUAACAGCAACUGCACAAACAGUGCAGUGCUUUUCAGUUAAGGGCAAGCUGAUUUUUAAAAUGGAUACGAACCUGGUAGAACCCAUUCAGCAUUUGUGGAUGGCCAGCAAGGAGGAGAUGGCUGUUUUCAACUCCUACGUUUAUAACCACUAUCAAAACGGGAAGGAGGCUAAUUAUUUCCUUUCUACUGACCGUAUCAACGCGGUAGCAGUCCUCCCUCUGAACAAGGUGCCAAGUUUGACUCCGCUGCUAGGAUGCCAAGAUGGAACCAUUUACUCCCUCAGAGAUUCGGCUGUUCGACAUCGACUGCCACUUGAUGGUAUACCCACAGCGAUGCAACUGUUUCAAAACGAUGGUGGGACCAGUGGGGAGUGGGUAGUAUACGGAACAUCACUUGGUCAGAUUGGACUGGUCCGCUGGAGUCGUGCUGGCCCUGCGGUUGAAUGGGUUAUGCAACUACCUUCUCAAACGACUGUGACUUCGUUAGAUUUUUACGACCUCUGCGAUUCGGGUGCUAACCAGUUGAUCAUCGGCAGGGAAGAUGGUUUUGUCGACGUCUAUCAAGUAUCACCCGAAGAUGGUGCAAUGCGCAGUCCGAUUUUAAUCUUCUCACAGAAUUGUAAUGAUAGUAUUGCAGUUGUACGAGGUGGAAUUGUCGGGGCAGCUGGGUUUCCCGAAGUAUUAGUCGCUACACAACGGGGUUGGAUAUUUGGCCUUACCAGCUGUGAAUCAACGAUGCGUAGGAAGCAAACAGACGAAGUAACAGCGGCCCGAACAAACACUCACAGCUCAGAACGCCAGAAGCACCUACAAUAUCUCAAAUCUGAAGUAGAAUUCCUAGAAAGGCAGGUGGAGGAAGCGCAGAAUAACAGGCCUUCUAUGCUGGUAUCAGAGAGUCAAGCAAUGGAAACAUCUACGCAAUUAGACGUCACAGCGAAAAUGAAUUUCGUAGCCCAACAAAAUGCCUAUUUUGUUGUCGUGGACAGUCAAGUGUCCAUGAACUUUAUUCUCGUCCAGAGCAACACAAACGUUCAACUUAUGGACAUCGAGCGGAAUUUAGCCAUUCUGAGCUUAAUGGAUUCUAAGCGGAAUGGCACCUCUCAGCUAACAGCAACUUUCAGAUGCCAAUCCAAUACCACGCGACUUGAAAUGAAACUUGUCUGUAACGAGCGAAGUACUAGUGACCAGGUGCAGUUAUACGUCUCGUUAAACAUUCAGCAGCCUCGUUUGGUUAUACUGAAGUCAUUCCCGCUGGUUUGCCUUUGUCGCCACGUACGAUGCCAACUUUUUGAAUGGAACACGGCAACACCCUAUGGUAGUUUGACAUUGCAAGGAGGGUUCUCACAGGCGGAUGCUCACAACUGGAUUGCAUCCUGCUUACCUAAUAUUCCGGAUAAAGUCCCAGGCGAUGAAGAGAUUCACUUUUAUUUCCGUAAUGACCAAUGGCAAUCCAAAUUGGCCGUUCAUUACAGGCGGGGUGAAAUCAUGCUCCUCUCAGAUAAUGCAGUGAUCUUGUCAUAUGUCCGAGACUUCAUUUCAAGAGAAGCCACAGCAAAAAGUGUUCCCUUGGCAAUGAACGCUAACAUGACCUGGGAAGCAACGAAAAUUCUUUUGCAACAAGUCUAUUCUCAACUGUUGAAUUUGACUCACCUACAUCGAGCGAAUGUGUUGGCUUUGGCGUUGGAAGAAGCAGCAACAGACCAGCUUGCGCAAGACGCGACUGACGACUGGAUGACCGCCGAGUUUCAAGACAUGGUUCGAGCGGCUAAAGAGAAGCAGGCAUCCGGUGACAUGUAUCCUGUCGAAGAAUAUCAAAAUUUUCUGCUGGAAUUGUUCGUCUGCCACAGAGAAUUCCAUGGUGAGCUUGAAGUAAGAAAUUCUCAAAAGUAUUUUUCAUUAGAAAAAAUGCUAACCGAUACUGCACGCACGGAAGAUCUAGUUGAACUGUUUAAAUUUGACAAUCUGUUAUCUACUGUCGCUUAAUCCAAAUCUAUGCAAAUUCUACAAGUAUUUUCGGAGAUGCCUGGAACGCAGAAAUAAACAAAUGUCUUGUAAAUGAUAUGCCAAAU